CCCCCCCCCAUCUUGAGCGCCAGUCCAGUGGUUAAAGAAAAGGGCUUGUAGGGCUCGAUAUACAGGUCCCCGGUUCAAAUCCCACCUCAGCCACUGACUCAUUGUGUGACCCUGAGCAAGUCACUUCACCUCCUUGUGCUCCGUCUUUUGGGUGAGACGUAGUUGUAAGUGACUCUGCAGCUGAUGCAUAGUUCACACACCCUAGUCUCUAAGUCGCCUUGGAUAAAGGCGUCUGCUAAAUAAAAAAAAUCAUAUUAUUAAAUGGCAAUCAGAAAUUGUAUCAUUGUAAAUGCUCCCCAGAUCGCCGUGAGUCCAGGUCCGAUGCGUGUCACAAUGAAGGCAUCUGAAUAAAAGACUCCCUGUUCUCAUGAGAGCCCCUAAUAAAAUGAAUUGCUGUGCUGAAGCUGAACUCGUCAUGGGUUCAGUGUUCCAGUGCUGCUCCCUUGUGAAAAGCUCUUUGCUUGGUCUUGUAACUCAGAUCAAGGUGUCAUUAAGGAGAGGCUGCAUAAUGAUUAACUUCACAGCGUUUCCAGGAACUCUUAUCCUGUUUAUGUAGUUUCACAUAACGAAAGUCAGUGGUAAGGUAGUGCUGAUAAUGGAGCCUCAUGACUGCUGACUCAUGAUUCUAAUCUGCAGGGACAAAGUUCGAGGUUGUUGACUUUGAAAGGUGUCCUUACAGAGAGCUAGGCAGGAGUGGCUUUGUGCAGAAAUGGCAGCAAACACUUCUCCUCUGGAGGCAGAUCUUUCCUGUCCUGUGUGCCGUGAGAUUAUCAAGGAUCCUGUAACUCUUCAUUGUAACCACAGCUUCUGUAAAGCAUGUCUGGAUCUGUGCUGGAAAGAGAAGAGAGCUCGGGAGUGUCCCGUGUGCAGGAGGAGGAGUUCAAUGGAUCAUCCUGUCAAUUUUGCUCUCAGGAAUAUUGUGGAGUCCUUCUUAAAGGAGCGCAGUCAGAAUCGUCCAGCACCUACUGGAAUACUCUGCAGUCUGCAUUGGGAAGAAAAGAAGCUGUUCUGUGUGGAUGAUGAAGAGGCUGUCUGUCUUGUGUGUCAAACUUCAAAGAAACAUGAGAAUCACAAGUUCCGUCCUGUUCAGGAGGCUGCACAAGAUUAUAAGGAAGAACUCAAGACUGCGCUGAAGCCCUUGCAGGACAAGCUGAAAACCUUUAAUAAAGUUAAAAACGAAUGUGAUGAAACAGCAGAGCACAUCAAGAAACAAGCCCAGCAAACAGAGAGGCAGAUAAAGGAGGAGUUUGAGAAACUUCACCAGUUUCUACGAGAUGAAGAAAAGGCCAGGAUAGCUGCACUGAGGAGGGAAGAGGAACAAAAGGGAAGAAUCAUGAAAGAGAAGAUUGAAAAACUUACAAGAGAAAUCUCAUCCCUUUCAGACACAAUCAGAGUGAUAGAAGAGGAGAUGGAAGCUGAAGACAUCUUCUUCCUGCAGAAGUACAAAGACACACACAGAAGAGCCGAGUGCACACUGCAGGAUCCACAGUGUAUUUCAGGAGCGCUGAUAGAUGUAGCCGAGCACCUGGGCUCUCUGAAGUACAAAGUGUGGGAGAAGAUGCUGGGGAUUGUUCAAUACACUCCAGUGACUCUGGAUCCCAACACAGCACGCCCUGAUCUGAUACUGUCUGAGGAUCUAACAAGUGUGAGACACGGCGAUGAGUGGCAGCAGCUUCCUGACAACCCAGAGCGUUUUGAUACCCGGACGUGUGUGCUGGGCUCUGAGGGGUUCACUUCAGGGAAACACUGCUGGGAUGUGGAACUGGGGAGCGAUACUGACUGUUAUCUGGGUGUGACUAAAGAGUCCAGCCAGAGGAAAGGUAGCUUCAUUCUGAACCCAGGAGCAGGAUACUGGGUUAUAUCCCUGGAGGGUAGGGAUCAGCACUGGGCAUGUACCUCACCAAGGACACGACUCACUGUGGAGAAGAAACCCCAGAAGAUCAGAGUUCAGCUGGACUGUGACGGGGGGGAGGUGGCAUUCUUUGACUCCAGUGAUAUGAGAAAACCUCUCUACACUUUUAAACACAGAUUUACUGAGAGAAUGUUUCCAUGGUUCUGGACUGUCUGUUUUGCCCCUCUCAGAGUGUGCCCUGUGAAGACAGUUAUAAAAAUGGACUAGCCCAAUGUGUUCAGCAUAAACAAUAGGGAUGAAUAAUAAUAAUAAUAAUAAUAAUAAUAAUAAUAAUAAUGACUAUCUAUUAAUACUGAAAAGGAACUGAAACAUUUUAAAUAGAAAAUGAUGAUCAAAGUGAGAAAUGUAACGAUGUUUAGAAAACUAUUAAAUAUAUUCUAACAGAACAUGUUCACCCUCCUCCACCCCUCUCCCUCGUCACGUGACGCGGGUGUUUGGUCUGAGCUCCUCGAAUCCAUGUAGAAAUACAAUUACAAAAACUAGAACAUGAACUGGUUAAAGAACAACACUGAAUAAAGAAUAUGCGUUCUGGAAUAAUAUUCAAUUAAACACAAUGCUCUAUUGAUGUGUUAUACCAUCUACAGCUUUGCAAGCUCUGUAAAUAAUAACUCCCUCAAUGCUGAAUGAAUGAAUGAAUAAUGAUUGCUGGGCUGGUCAGCGGCGUUGUUGAAUCGAUCAGGAUAUUGUAUCAUUUAAUUGGUAAAUGUAUCGCUGUAAUAACUUGGAAGCUGCACAUUGUGAUCGUGUGGAUGUGUGUCUUUUGUGGCCGCUGUGAAACGGUCCCGCAAAUCACUGCUCCCGGAUCACAAAGGAUCGGUUCACUGUCCUCCCUUUGAUUUAAUUAAUGAUUUUUUUUUUUAAUAAUAAAAAGUAUAUAUUUUAAUUUG